CCGUAGCUCGGAUUCUCAGGAGCAGGCGCCGGAAGUGGCUGCGCCGGAAGUGGCUGCGUCCGCCGCUCUCUCUCCCGGAAUGCUAACUUUUCCGGUGUCCCCACUGUAAUCCUAAAACCGCUGGAAGUCCGACAGCAUGGAGGUGGCGUGCUCGCCCCCGACGGCGGGGAAGUUCGUGGUGGUCGGCGGUGGCAUCGCGGGUGUCACCUGUGCGGAGCAGUUGGCGAUCCACUUUCCAUCAGAAGAUAUUCUCCUGAUAACAGCUUCUCCUGUUAUUAAAGCAGUUACAAAUUUCAAGCAGGUUUCUAAAGUGUUGGAAGAAUUUGAUGUUGAAGAACAACCGAAUACCAUGUUAGAAAGUCGCUUUCCUAACAUUAAGGUUAUAGAAUCUGGAGUAAAGCAACUGAAGAGUGAAGAACAUUGCAUUUUAACUGAAGAUGGGAAUCAGCAUAUUUAUAAGAAGCUCUGUUUGUGUGCUGGAGCUAAACCAAAGUUGAUAUGUGAAGGAAAUCCUUAUGUGCUAGGAAUCCGUGAUACAGACAGUGCUCAGGAAUUUCAGAAACAGCUUACUAAAGCUAAGAGAAUAAUGAUCAUAGGGAAUGGUGGUAUUGCACUUGAAUUAGUGUAUGAAAUUGAAGGCUGUGAAGUAAUUUGGGCCAUUAAAGAUAAAGCUAUUGGGAAUACUUUCUUCGAUGCAGGAGCAGCUGAAUUCUUGACUUCAAAGCUCAUUGCUGAAAAACCAGAAGCUAAAAUCGCACAAAAAAGAGCCAGAUAUACAACUGAAGGAAGGAAAAAGGAAGCACAAACCAAAGCUAAUGCUGGUAAUAUAGGCAGUGCCUUGGGACCUGAUUGGCAUGAAGGGUUGGAUCUUAAAGGAACAAAAGAGUUUUCUCAUAAGAUUCACAUCGAAACAAUGUGUGAAGUAAAGAAAAUCUAUCUUCAGGAAGAAUUUAGAAUUUCUAAGAAAAAGUCCUUGACUUUUCCAAGAGACCAUCAUAAUCAGUCAGUUACAGCUGACAAAGAGAUAUGGCCUGUAUAUGUGGAAUUGACCAAUGAAAGGAUAUAUGGCUGCGAUUUCAUUGUCAGUGCUACAGGAGUAACACCAAAUACAGAACCUUUUCUCUGUGGCAACAAUUUUGAUAUAGGAGAAGAUGGUGGCCUGAAGGUGGAUGAUCACAUGCACACCUCCCUUCCUGACAUCUACGCUGCAGGUGACAUCUGCACGGCCUCCUGGCAGCCUAGCCCAGUCUGGCAGCAGAUGAGGCUGUGGACCCAGGCGAGACAGAUGGGAUGGUAUGCGGCGAAGUGCAUGGCUGCGGCUAGUGUGGAGGAGUCCAUUGACAUGGAUUUCAGCUUUGAACUUUUCGCUCAUGUAACAAAAUUUUUUAACUAUAAGGUUGUAUUGCUGGGAAAAUACAAUGCACAAGGCUUAGGUUCAGAUCAUGAAUUAAUACUGAGGUGUACCAAAGGACAAGAGUACAUCAAAGCCGUCCUGCAGGAUGGGCGAAUGAUGGGAGCUGUCUUAAUUGGUGAAACUGAUUUAGAAGAAACAUUUGAAAACUUAAUUUUAAACCAGAUGAAUCUUUCAGCAUAUGGAGAAGAUCUACUAGAUCCAAAUAUUGAUAUUGAAGAUUAUUUUGACUAAAAAGGGCAUCUCAAGAGCUACAUCAAGUUCCAAAUGAGACAAAAGAGUCACACGUCAGUAAAUGACUGCACUGAUUUUAAUGACAAGCAUCUGAAGUUAAAAAUACAGAAAUAUGAUGAUUUAAAAAAUAAAUACAAUUCCAAAGAUGAAA